AUGAGCAUUCGUACAAGGCACAGACACGCAAACUGGAGUCGUCCAUUGAUGGGCUUAGUUACGUGGACACCAAAAGGGACCCAACAAAAUCAACUGGAGAGAGAGGUACAUUACAGAUUACACACAGAUGUUCAUGAUGAAAUAGCGAAAAAUACAUUGGUAGCGUUGCUUAAUGAUGCAGAUGUUUCUCCCUGGUUCCCUCCAUCUUCGCGGCUAAAGCAGAGUAUCAUCACAGUUGGAGGACAAAUUUGGCCACAAGCACGUUCCCAACCUCAAACCCGCUCACGAGAUCAUGCCUUCUAA